AUGGACAGGCCUGCUCUGCCUCAACACCAGUUAUCCUCGCACCAAACCGACGAAUUCUCUCUCUCUGACAACGAAGACGAAGACGAAAGCGAAAGCGAAGAGAAAACUCCAGAUAUCUCCCCCGAAAGAGAAACAGCCCAAAGUAAGACCUCUUGCGAGUUUGCCGGGACCUGCCAGAUGGGUAAAGAGCCCCAUACCCAUUACAGAAAAAUCAUCUCGCAUUUCUUCGGCAGAAAUAAGUCUGCCACCAAGGUCUUUCCCGACUAUGUCUGGGUCCACUACUGCCGCAAACACUACCAGCGAGCAAGAUACCGCGCAGGCCAGUGGCCUUUCACUCAGUGUGACCUUCUGAUCGAGUCCCUUUCUCGGAUGGAGGACUGGGGCGGUGUUCAAAGCUUCGAGGUCAUUCUUCGUCGACGAGAGCAAGAGCGUCGGUCCAACGCUAAUACCGAUGGAGACGCCUCUGUAUCAGCAGAUAGCUCGCCUUCUUUGUCUGGCUCUGGCUCGGCUGCGAAAUUACCGCCGAUUGGGCGUAAGAAUCCGAGAGCUGUGACUGCCCCCGUUCCUGACUGGCUUCUUGAGCGUAUCGGAUCUGGCCUGACCUUUGGUGAUAUUCGAGAGAUCAUUCGCCAAAUUCGUCGACAUAUGGAAGAUCUUCAGCGGGAUAACGAAGGAGGGGGAGAAGGGUCCACUGGAGACACUCAAUCCGAUAAAGCUUCGAAGUCAAAGAAAGGCAAAGCUCGACGUGGAACUUCCAACUCGGGUUCCAAGCGCGCGCCUAGCCCGAUCCGAUUUCCGGAUAUUGAGAUCCUUCCGAAAUUCAAGUCGUGGGCUCUUGAAAAACAUAAUGUCUCGCGUGCGAAGAUGAAGAACGACAAAGAGAAGAAUGAUCCUUCGACCUCGGGUGAGAAGUGUUCGGAUCGGACUUCUGCCGCUGGUAGUAGCCCCCCGCCUCAAGGAAAGCGAGGCACAGCCAAGACUACUCCCACUGCUCGUCAGCCCGUGGAUCGUGUCAAUGAGCGUGGUGGAGUAAGGAAGCCCCGGUCUAAGGCCAAGGGCUAUAUUGUAGGUACCCCCGAUACUUACCAAUCGCCACUGAAUGGUAAAGGCAAAGGCAAAGGGCCAUAG